CUCGUGCUCUUCUCCCCGCCCACGCCAGGGCUUCCGCUUCCGGUUGUGACUGCAGCUUCGGUCGUAACGAUGAUCGGGGACGUCCUGCUGUUCGGGACGCUGCUGAUGAACGCCGGAGCGGUGCUCAACUUUAAGCUGAAAAAGAAGGAUACGCAGGGCUUUGGGGAUGAGUCACGGGAGCCCAGCACAGGUGACAACAUCCGGGAGUUCUUACUGAGCCUCAGAUACUUCCGAAUCUUCAUCGCCCUGUGGAACGUCUUCAUGAUGUUCUGCAUGAUCGUGCUUUUUGGCUCCUGAACCCCAGAUACGAAACCAGGAACAGACGUCCAGAAGCUGAGUCUCCUCCCCUGCGUUCCUGACAACUUCAAGAAUGUUUUUGCCUGGAAAACCGGUGACCUUCCCAGAAAGCCCAAGCUCGUGGUGGGUGGAAAAAAUGUUCGCCAAGAUGCUCACGGUUUCCCAGCCACGUCACUGUUUUCUUUUCAAAGAUAUUUUCACUCUGGUCUCUGCAUUGAAAUGCUGCCUACUUGAGGAGUUUCAGGAGGGUUCCUGUAAGGGGCUGUCAUAACUCUGGUUCCCCGUAGAGGAAAGAACACGUGUAGAUCAUUUCGUUGGAUUGGAAUUCCUCUUCGACCAAGCUUUCACUAGAAACUCGUUUCUGAUAUUUCUUUCUUUACUUUUAAUAACCAUCCUUUUUGGUUCAAAUUAUACAGAUUUUUAAAACUCACUUUUGUCCAAGGAUCUGAAGCAGAAAGGUUGGCUUUGACGUUUCCUGCAGCCUCUUUAUUGCACUGCGUUCAUGAAUAAGGAGCAAGUUCACUGUUGCUGGGUCUGACAGCAGUGCUGGGUGUGCGUCCAUAUUCCUUCCCAGUCCCCCUGGCUCUGCUCAGCUACUCUGUGCCCUGCGGUCGUCCCCAGGAUUUUGAGGGUGAGGGCUGACUGACUCCCACGCAAGAGAGGUGCAGAGCCGUUGGCAGGGCCGGACGAGGGUGUUGUGAGAAAUUUGGCCUUGCCUUCAAGCCCUCUGCUAAAGUAACUGUUGGGGCCAUUAAUUGUACAGUUUUUAGACUGAGAGUGAUUUAUGCGGUAAUAUGAGGACCCAGUUCUGAAAGCUUGGGUUUUUGGGUCUGCUUUUCAAGUGGGUGAUUUCAAGUUUGAAAAACAAUGAGCCUCAUUUGAGGAAACACAGCGUUUUGCACAGAAAGCCUCGUUGAAAGAGUCCUGCUUUAAUCUCCAAAAUGAAACGCUGGUGGUGGGCGCCUGCUUCCCACAGGUGUUUGAUUUGUUUCUGGUGGUUUUUGAAAUCCUGAUUUGUAGGUAAACCUGGUGGGAGGAAAAAGGAAAUACGCAGGCUUUUAGAACGAAAUAGCGUUGAAAAUAAAGCUCAUUUCUAAAAAGGA